CUUUAAGGCACAGCCGGAAAAGGUGUGGAGAGAAGAGGAGAGAGAGGCAGGUCCUAGGCCCUGGUCCCGCCCCCUGCCCCUCCCCACCCCUCUCUGGGCCAGGCCACCCAGCCAAAAGGCAGGCUGAAAGCAGGAGAGGCGCAGAGUCCGGCAUUGGUCCCCAGGCAGCCAGUUAGCCCGCCGCCCGUCUGUCUUUCUCAGAGCCAUGGAGAGAGCCAGUCUGAUCCAGAAGGCCAAACUGGCAGAGCAGGCUGAACGCUAUGAGGACAUGGCAGCCUUCAUGAAGGGCGCUGUGGAAAAGGGCGAGGAACUCUCCUGCGAAGAGCGAAACCUGCUCUCAGUGGCCUACAAGAACGUGGUGGGGGGCCAGAGGGCUGCCUGGAGGGUCCUGUCCAGUAUUGAGCAGAAGAGCAAUGAGGAGGGCUCAGAGGAGAAGGGCCCUGAGGUGCGAGAGUACCGUGAGAAGGUGGAGACUGAGCUCCGGGGAGUGUGUAACACUGUGCUGGGCCUGCUGGACAGCCACCUCAUCAAGCAGGCGGGGGAGGCCGAGAGCCAAGUCUUCUACUUGAAGAUGAAGGGCGACUACUACCGCUACCUGGCCGAGGUGGCCACUGGUGACCACAAGAAGCGCAUCAUUGACUCCGCCCGGUCAGCCUACCAGGAGGCCAUGGACAUCAGCAAGAAGGAGAUGCCGCCCACCAACCCCAUCCGCCUAGGCCUGGCCCUGAACUUUUCCGUCUUCCACUACGAGAUUGCCAACAGCCCCGAGGAAGCCAUCUCGCUGGCCAAGACCACUUUUGACGAGGCCAUGGCUGACCUGCACACCCUCAGCGAGGAUUCCUACAAAGACAGCACUCUCAUCAUGCAACUGCUUCGAGACAACCUGACGCUGUGGACAGCUGACAACACCGGGGAAGAGGGAGGCGAGGCUCCCGAGGAGCCCCAGAGCUGAGUCCUACCCGCCACCCACCCGGCCCUGCCCGUUUCCCCACCCCGCGGAGAGGACUAGUGUGAGGUGGGAGGCCCCACCCUCCCCCCAAGGCUCUGGCCCAACUCAGAAAGGCUCCAUGGAGAGGGACCUGCAGAGCUGAGGCCACCUGGGGCUGAGGAUUCCACUCUUCUUGCAGCUGUUGAUGACCAUGGGUCAUCCUGCCCACCCCUGCUCUCUGCACCCCCUUUCUCCCAGCCCCACCCAGGAACCGGGCCACUUCUUCCCCUUUGCCUCCCUCCUGCCCCUGCUCUGCCCCUGCUGCCUCUGGAUCUUAGGAAUUGAGGCGUGUCCCCUGCCUUGUGGCUGAGAACUGGACAGUGUGGCAGAGACUGGAGACUGUGUGUGUGUGUGUGUGUGUGUGUGUGAGAGAGAGAGAGAGAGGGAGAGAGAGAGAGAGAACGCGAGUGCAAGACCGGCCCCGAGGGAAAGCAUGUCUGCUGGUGUGACCAUGUUUCCUCUCAAUAAAGUUCCCCUGUGACACUC